UUCGCCGGAAGGCUCGUAGCCAGCCCGGCGGCGCGAUGAUCGUGUCGGCGCUGGCCACGGCGGUGGGCAUCAACCUGGGCCUCACCGUGCUGCUCAUCUCCGCCUUCUCGCUCCUGCGCCGCCGCCCGCCCUUCGUCUCCGUCUACUCCCCGCGCCGCCCCUACGCGCCGCUCCAGUCAUGGAUCGCCGCCGCCUGGCGCCUCUCCGAGGACGACAUCCAUGCCGCCGCGGGCCUCGACGGCGUCGUCUUCGUCCGCAUCAUCGUCUUCAGCAUUAGGGUCUCCGCGGUGGCCGCCGUGCUGGGGGUCGGGGUGCUCCUGCCGGUCAACUUCAUGGGGGACCAGCUCAGCCUCAUCGACUUCGCCGACCUCUCCAACAAGUCGGUCGAUCUCUUCAGCAUCUCCAACGUCACGGACAAAUCCAAUAAAUUGUGGCUUCAUUUUUCUGCGGUGUAUAUCAUAACUGGAGUUGCAUGCUACCUGCUGUAUCAUGACUACAAAUAUAUUGCUGGUAAGAGGCUCGAAUAUUUUAUGACGUCAAAGCCACUACCCCAGCAUUUCACAGUUCUUGUUCGAGCUAUCCCUAGAACCGAUGGUGGUUCUGUGAGUGAAGCUGUUGAUAAGUUCUUCAAGCAGUACCAUUCAUCCACCUACUUGUCAGGCAAUGUUGUUCAUCAGACUGGCAAACUCCGCCGCCUUGUUAAUGACACCGAGAUUAUCUGGAGAAAGCUAAAGAACCUAAAAUAUGCACCAUAUCAAUCUCCUAGUGAAGAACCUCCAAAAAAGUUUCUUGGACUAUUUGGGAGAAGUAAUGUUCUUGGGAAAUAUCAGAAAAAGCUCGAAAACCUAGAGGAAAAUGUUAGAAUGGAACAAUCAGAAACUACUAGGAGACAGGAAAUUUCCGCUGCUUUUGUUUCAUUCAAAUCUCGAUAUGCUGCUGCAAAUGCAAUUUACAUCAGACAGUCAGACAAUCCAACUGAGUGGCAAACUGAGCAUGCUCCUGAUCCUCAUGAUGUUUAUUGGCCUAACUUUUCUACAACAUUCAUGGAAAGAUGGAUAUCCAAGUUUAUAGUAUUUGUAGCUUCAGUUCUCCUGAUAAUCGUGUUUCUCAUAGUUGUGGCAUUUAUUCAAGGACUCACUUAUAUGGAACAACUCGAGGCAUGGUUGCCCUUCCUGAAGAACAUACUCGAAAUAGCCAUUAUCAGCCAAUUGGUUACUGGGUAUCUUCCCAGUGUUAUUCUUCAAUUUGUUUCCUCAUGUGUGCCCAAAUUAAUGAAGAAAUUUUCGGCCAUGCAAGGAUUUGCUUCUGUCAGUGGGAUCGAGAGAAGCGCUUGCAACAAAAUGCUCCGGUUUACAAUAUGGACUGUGUUCUUUUCCAAUAUUCUUACUGGCACAGCCUAUCGCCAACUCGAUAUAUUCCUUGAUCCAAAGGAAAUACCUUCAAAGCUUGCGAUUCUUGUACCUGCACAGGCAUCUUUCUUUAUUGCAUAUGUGGUGACUUCGUGGACAACUAUAACAUCAGAAAUCACUCAGACUUCUGCUCUUUUGUACCACUUAUGGGAGAGCUGUGCAAAGUGUUGCAAGAGGGAUGACCCAGAAACUCAAUCGAUGAAAUACCAUAGCGAAAUUCCUAAGAUUCUGUUGUUUGGACUUCUUGGGCUCACAUACCUUAUUGUAGCUCCACUUAUUCUCCCAUUUAUAUUGGUUUACUUCUGCCUUGGCUACUUCAUAUUUCGUAAUCAGCUUUGUAAUGUAUAUGCACCCAAGUAUGAUACCGGUGGAAGAUUUUGGCCCAUUGUACACAAUGCGAACAUAUUCUCUCUUGUGCUGAUGCAUUUGAUUUCAAUUGGAGUACUUGGAAUAAAGAAUUUUCCAAUUGGUGCAAGCCUGCUGGUGCCUCUACCGUUCCUCACACUUCUGUUCAAUUCGUACUGUGGAAACCGGUUUUUUCCCAUCUUCGAAGCAUACUCUACUGAGUCACUGGUAAACAAAGAUAAACAAGAAGAAAGCAAACCAGAGAUGUCAGAGUUCUUCAGGAGUCUUGAAACAGCAUACACUGACCCGGCAUUGAAGCCUAUCCAACGAUCUUCAGGCUACGACUACGACGAACGUACGGCACCACUCUUGUCUUCCAUCUAGACACAGACAAGUGAUAGGUGCGCUCUGUCUCCCACGGUGUGAUGUUUUGUUUGAUUUUGAUGGUCAUGUACAUAACAGUACAGGUGUGCUCCUUCUUGUGUUGUUAGUAAAGCAGAACUUAGAAGUUAGAACAUAAACCACUGUAUUCUAUUUGUUGUACAUUUUCACACGAGGAGUUUGUUCCUAUUUUUUGUAUCAGAUUUUGUGCUCACUUUUCUAAUAUGAACAAUACAUUUUUUUA